AUGCGCUAUCUGCCAUGGAUACCGGCACUGACCGUCUUCCUGGCUGGCCAGGGAGCCGUCUCUCAGAUCCAGUUGGAUGUCAGCGAUUCUAAGUCUAUCAAGAAUGCGGCCGCGACAUCGGCAUACAACAUGAUGAGUAACUACCACGGUAACGAGUCCGGCCAAAUCCCCGGAAAGCUUCCCGAUACCUGGUGGGAAGGGGGCGCGAUGUUCAUGACUUUGAUCCAGUACUGGUUCUGGACGGGCGACACCUCCUAUAACGAGGUCACAACUCAGGGCAUGCUCUGGCAGAAGGGCAACAACGACUACUUUCCCGCCAACGAUAGCAACUUCCUGGGAAACGACGACCAGGUCUUCUGGGGCUUGGCCGCAAUCACCGCGGCCGAACUGAACUUUCCCGAGGAGGACGGGCAGCCGUCGUGGCUGUCGCUCGCCCAGGGCGUUUUCAACACGCAGGUACCGCGCUGGGACACUACCGCUUGUAAGGGAGGCCUGCGAUGGCAAAUAUUUCCUUACCAGGCGGGGUAUACAACCAAGAAUGCUAUCUCAAACGGCGGUCUGUUCCAACUAGCAGCCCGGCUAGGUCGCUAUACCAACAACGAGACCUACACCGAAUGGGCCGAGAAGAUCUGGGACUGGAGUGCCACCACCCCCUUGCUGAAGAUGGAUGAAUGGACCAUCGCGGACACGACGACCAUGGAGACCCAGUGCACUGACCACGGCGAUCUUCAGUGGACUUACAACUACGGGACUUAUUUAAGCGGGGCCGCAUACAUGUACAACCUGACGAAUGGCGGAGACAAAUGGAAGAAGGCAAUUGACGGCUAUCUUGGGACCACGCUCGACAAGUUCUUUCCCAAGGAGUUUGGGGGAAAUGUGAUGUCGGAGAUUUCCUGCGAACCAAACAUGAUGUGCGACCGCAACCAGGAUUGUUUCAAGGGGUUUCUCUCCUCUUGGUUGACUUUCAUGACGACCAUCGUGCCUCAUACCGCCAACCAGAUCAUCCCGAAGAUUCAAGCUUCAGCCCAAGCCGCGGCCAAACAGUGCUCCGGGGGCAGCACGAAGACUCAAUGCGGACGCCGCUGGCACCAAGACAGCUGGGAUGGUUCCAAGGGACUAGAGCAGGACAUGAGCGCGCUGAGCGUCUUUGCAUCGGCCAUGAUUACCCACAAACAGGAAAGUCAUUCCCCGUUGACCUCGGACACGGGCGGCACCAGUAAGAGCGACCCGACUGCCGGUUCCGGUCCCCAGAAGCAGCCGAACACUCCCCGACCGAUCACUGGAGGCGACCGCGUCGGCGCGUCAAUCCUGACGGUCGUUGUCGCCGGUGGCUGGGUUGCAGCAGUAGCUUGGAUGGUCUAUGGCGGGUGA